AUGGAGAAAUUCCUGCGCGAAUGGAGGCAAGAUGCCUUGAACAAAGCCCAGUACGACUCGGCCGUCUUCAUUGGAGACAAGCUCUUGGCCCUGACAAACGAUGACAAUGACGCCUUCUGGCUGGCACAAGUCCACUUUGCGACGGGAAACUAUACUCGAGCUCAGGCAUUCCUUUCGAAACAAGAUCUGAUAAGUCGAAACCCGUCCUGUCGUUACCUCGCCGGCCAUUGCUUCAUAAGACAAUCGCGCUACGAAGAUGCUCUCGCCGUACUUGGUGAACGGAACCCCACGCACCUCAUCUCGAACGUUGCCAACAAGCGAAAGGCGCAACACACGAGUGGACGGGCUGCAGCUUCAGGGCACGGCAAAGCCGCGGCAAGGCUGGACCACAGAGACGAUGCUUCGGAGGAAGAGGCAGCUAACAGGCGCUUCGAGGCCGCCAUGUGUUUUCUGCGAGGGAUAUGCUACGCUAAGCAGAACGCCUUCGACCGCGCCAAAGAAUGCUACAAAGAUGCCGUCCGGAUAGACGUGCAGUGCUUCGAGGCUUUCCAGCAGCUCAUGAAGAACUCCCUCAUGUCACCCGAUGAGGAGUGGCAGUUCCUCGAGUCGCUAGACUUUGACGCCAUCUCCGUGUCCGGGGAUCCAUCUUCGUCACAAGAAGCGGCCGAGUUUACCAAGAUGUUGUACACCACCAGACUGUCCAAGUACCGGAACCCGGAUGCUUUUACGACUGCCUGUGAGACACUUUCGACACACUACAAGCUUGCUGCUAACCCGGACCUGCUCCUUGCUCGAGCGGACUUACUAUAUACACAAUGCAGGUACAAAGAUGCUCUUGCCAUAACGGAAUCCAUCCUCCAGGAGGACAAGUACAAUUUUAGCAUAUAUCCUGUUCACUUAGCUUGCCUGUACGAGCUCAGAAUGAAGAAUGUGCUCUUUCUAGUUGCGCACGAUUUGGCGGACAGCCACCCGGAAGAACCCUGCACAUGGCUCGCCGUGGGGAUAUACUAUUUUGUCAUCGACAAGAUUGCAGAAGCUCGUCGUUACUUCAGCAAGGCUAGUAUGAUGGACGCUCAUUUCGGCCCAGCCUGGAUCGGCUUCGCGCAUACCUUUGCCGCCGAAGGAGAGCACGACCAGGCCAUCUCCGCCUACUCGACAGCCGCACGCCUGUUCAUGGGCACACAUUUACCACAGGUGUUCCUGGGCAUGCAGAACCACGCACUCAACAACAUGACACUAGCAGACGAAUUUCUCAAAACUGCAUAUGGUCUCUGCAAGACGGAUCCUCUGCUCCUGAACGAGAUGGGCGUCGUAUACUACCAUCAAGACCGGCCCAACGAUGCAGCAAAGUUGUUUCUCAAAGCUCUCGAGGUCGCGGAGGACAUAGAUUCCGAACCAUCCGCCUGGCUGGCAGCACGUACGAACCUAGCGCAUGCCUACCGCCGCGGCAAGAAAUAUCAAGAGGCAUUGGAUCAGUUCGACGAGGUUCUACGACUGGGUGGCAAAGACGUAGCGGUCUUCUCCGCGAAGAGCCUCAUCCUGAUGGAGCUGGGACAGCCCGACGAGGCUGCGGUCCUGUUGCACCAGGCACUAGCCAUCAACCCACAAGAUCCCAUUGCGACGGAACUGCUACACAAGGCCCUCGCGGAGACGGCCGGCAUGCAGCUUCCCAUGACUGAAGGGGAGGGCGCCGCCAUGGAUGACCUGGACGGCGUUAUCAUGAGGGUGAAGAAGGCAGGGGGACGGAUGAGGAGCCCGUCGGUCAUGCAGGAAGGGAGGAGGAAGGGAAAAGGUGUCCUGGGGAACCAAAGAAUAAUGAGGAGCGCCCAAGUAGAUGAAGGACCCAUGGAGAUGACUGAUGAUGAAUGA